GUCUACAAAUACUAGUUCCAAAGGCCCAAUCUUCACUUCCACAUUAAUUCUCCACUCCCUCAACGCAAAAGACAAGGGAAACAAAAAAACGAAAAAGAAAACAGAGCAUCCAAUGAUGGCGGAGAAGAACCAGUCCCCGUACCCGUUGGCCCCAGUGGCCAACGGGCAUACUCGGAGCGAUGAAGAAUCCGUCACUGCGGCGGCGCAGUCCAAAGAGCUAAAGAAAAAGAAGCGGAUUAAGUGCCUGGUCUAUAUCUUGGCUUUUGCUGUCUUCCAGACUGGAAUCAUCCUCCUCUUUGCAUUGACAGUCAUGCGCUUCGAAAACCCAAAAUUCAGAAUCGGAAAUGCGACCCUCGAAGCUUCCGAUUUUGGAACUGAAAAUGCUUCUUCAUUCAAUCUGAAAUUGAACACUCACUUCACCGUUAAGAACACCAACUUCGGACACUUCAAGUAUGAGGACGGAACAGUCACCUUCACCUACGGGGACGCCAUUGUUGGCAACGUUACUCUUCAGAAGGGGCGAGCCAGAGCUCGGUCGACGAAGAAGGUUGAUUUGGAGGUGAACUUGAAGUCCAAUGGGCCGUUGGUGAAUACGGAGGUUUUGCAGCUGAGCAUCCGAGCGAAGUUGGAAGGAAAGAUUCAUUUGAUGAAGGUGAUUAAGAAGAAGAAGUCAGCUGAGAUGAACUGCACCAUGGAUAUUGUGACUGCUACAAAGGAAAUAGAUAACAUCACGUGCAAGUGAUAGAUGAACCCUGAUCUCAUGGGUUUUUAAUUUUGCUGAUUAUGUAAUUUUUUUUUUUUUUGAUUUCCCGUCCGGUGUUGUAUGGAGGUUUCACCUCAAUUAAUCCAUAUGGAUCCACGUCGCGCACCUAAAAAUGGUGGAUGAGUCUACCAACAAAAGCUGCUGUUUAUGUAAUUUCUAUCACGUUACAGCCACUAGCAGCCUUGUUUUUGAUGGUCAUUAUUAUAUUCUUUUUUGUUGUCUGUAAUAUAUAAUAUGGUUUUUA